AUCAUAUGAUCCUCCUGUCAUCCCAAACCCUUCAUAAAUGCUUCAAGAGUCCUAAUUCGUUAGCAUUUCUCAAAAACAUCUGUUUCUCCCUAAUAGCCCUUUUGAAAUCAAUAAUCAAUCUGACAAAGUCUAUUCCCAAUUACCCUUUGAACCACAACCAUUAGAGAUGAUGUUUGACAAUUUACCCUUUUAAUAAACUAUCUCCUAAUAAAUAAUAAAGAAACCAUCCAAAUUUUCAAAUCUCAAAAAAUCAACUCCUCCUGCAAUCUUGCCAUAAAAAAGGUAUCUCAUUUAUUUAUCAUUUUAUAGAUCUAGUCAUAAUUAAUUACAGUUAAAAAUGCCAAAUUAUGAAUCUUAAAAAGAACCUCUUAAAUCCUAAAAAGGUACUUAAAAUGAUUUUUAACUGUAGGACUAAAACAUUUGUCAAUCAAAGUUAAAUAAAUAGUCUUUGAAUUUAAAUCCACAUCUUAUAAGGAUGUAGCAGAAAGACUUAUUUAAGAAUUGAUUUAAGAAGAAGGUAGAAUUUCAGAUUGUGAUAAUGUAUAAUAAAAUUAAUAUCAAAGUCAAAAGAUGAGUAGAAUAUAAAAAGAAGAGUUUAUGAUGCACUUAAUGUAAUGAUUGCCUCUAAAGUAUUAAAGAAAGAAGGUAAAAAGGUUAAAGCUGACUUUGAUACUUUAGUAUUAGGAAAUAAUUUAUUAAGCCAAAAAUCUAUUCAAAAAGAAUAACUUGUAUAUCUUGAUAUUAUUUAGAUUGAUAUGUAAAAAAUAGUUGAAAUUAAAAAAAAGUAAUUGGCAGAAAUUGUUUGCAAAAUUAAAGCAGCUAAUUCCCUAAUUUAAAGAAAUAAGUCCUUAGAGCUUAAUUAAUAAUAAUAAUUAUUUUAUUUUCCAAUUUUAAUAUUCACUCAAGAUGCAAACAAUUCAAAAUUUAUUAAGGAUAGAAAAUAAUUAAAAAUUUUACUAAAAUCUAAAGCAAAUUUUAUAGCUGAUUUAGAUAUUGUUAAAAAAUUAUAUAGGUAUAUUAAAAUAAAGAAUAAUUUUUAGUGA